UGUGGACCACCCAUUUUUAUUUUUAUUUUUUAUUUUUUUUUUACCACGACUACGCAUUAAAAGAAGUGGGUGAUGCAAACAAGGUCAGUCUCACCUCAAACGACCUGCAAGCAGUGUUAACUACUGGCAUAUGUCGACGUGGCAAGACCUGGUCGACUUCAACCGGGGUCCGGAAGUGCCACGCCUGGAGGAAGCUCGCUAAACAUUUUUUCCGUGACGACUUGUCUUUGCCAUCACAGAGUGCAGAACAGCACGAGCCAGUUGACAUGAUGGGCAUCACAGAGCUGGAAGAAAUCAGGCUGGUUCUGGUUGGGAACACAGGAUCUGGCAAGAGCUCAUCAGGGAACACCAUUUUGGGCCAAAAAGAGUUCCUGGCAAAGUUGAGUGCCAGCUCAGUGACCAAGAAAUGCCAGGCUGGGAGCAUUGAUCGUGCUUUUGAUGAUGACCAGAUGAGAAUGAGGAAGAUUACGGUGGUUGACAUGCCAGGCUUUGGGGACACUCACCUCAGUGAGAAGGAGAUUCAUACAGAAAUUGCCAGUUGUCUGUACCAUAUCGCUCCUGGGCCCCAUGCUUUUCUCUUGGUGGUGCCCAUUGGACGUUACACAGAUUACGAGGCCCAGGCUGUCAACCAUCUGGCCAAAAUAUUUGGAGAUGACGCUGUCAAAUACCACACAAUAGUUCUCUUUACCAAGGGAGAUGAUCUUCAAGGCUCGGAGUUUGAUGAAUACCUAAAAGAGAGUCCUGAGGGUCUUAGAGAGCUCAUUGACAAAUGCGGGGGCAGGUACCACGUGUUUAACAAUAAGGAAAACUACGGUAAUGCGACGCAGGUUCAAGAACUCAUGUUGAAGGUCGACAAGAUGGUGAAGGAGAGCCAAACAGAGUUUUACACUAACGCUAUGUUUAAAGCGGCAGAGGCGAUAAGGGAAGCGCAGAAAACGAACCGCAUAGUGGCUGCCGGCACUGUAGGCCUGGCAGUCGGGGUCGCCUUUGGCGUCGCUGUCCCCUUGACAGCUGCCUUCUCGGCACAUCUUGCGGGGAGUGCCGUUGGCCUCGCUGCUGCUAAGCUUACCGGAGCGUCUGCCGCCGGAGCUGUGAGCGCCGUAGUUGCCGCAGCCAAGGGAAGUACCGCUUUGGCUAUCGGGGCAACUGCUGGGGGACUUGUCGGCGGUGGAAUGGGAAUCAUUGCUGGCUCCGAAGCUGAGAGUGUGAAAGAGGGAGUUUCGGAUACUCUUGUGCAGGUUGGUAGUGUCGGAGUUGUUGCUCUCGCGGCUUCCGUAGUUGUGGGGGCUUCCUUGGGCACAGGGGUGGCUCUGAGUGCUGGGACUGGUGCAGGUGCAGCCAACAUUGGUUUAGCUCCGUUGGCAGCGCAAAAUCGCCCAACCUCAGCUGGAACUUUGGCUGCAGGAACAGGCACAACUUCUUAUGCUGCAACAGGGGCACAUGUAGUUCAGGACACUGUGCAAGUUGCCCCUGCUGCUGCUGCAGCCGGAAAUACUGUUGCAGAUGCAGUGGUUGCGAUUGCGAAGGUUGCAGGAGCGUUCUUACCUGCCACUGUUGUCGUGAAAGUAGUUGUAGAUAAAACCAAAGACUCACAAAAGUCUACUUAUGAGGUGUCAUGCAAAACUUUGCCAUCACAGAGUGCAGAACAGCACGAGCCAGUUGACAUGAUGGGCAUCACAGAGCUGGAAGAAAUCAGGCUGGUUCUCGUUGGGAACACAGGAUCUGGAAAGAGCUCAUCAGGGAACACCAUUUUGGGCCAAAAAAAGUUCCUGGCAAAGGCGAGUGCCAGCUCAGUGACCAAGAAAUGCCAGUCUGUGAGCAUUGAUCAUGCUUUUGAUGAUGACCAGAAGAGAAUGAGGAAGAUUACGGUGGUUGACAUGCCAGGCUUUGGGGACACUCACCUCAGUGAGGAGGAGAUUUAUACAGAAAUGGCCAAGUGUCUGGACCAUACCACUCCUGGGCUCCAUGCUUUUCUCUUGGUGGUGCCCAUUGGACGUAAAAUGGAUCACGAGGCCCAGGCUGUCAAACAUCUGGCCAACAUAUUUGGAGAUGACGCUGUCAAAUACCACACAAUAGUUCUCUUUACCAAGGGAGAUGAUGUUAAAGGCUUGGAGUUUGAUGAAUUCCUAAAAGAGAGUCCUGAUGGUCUUAGAGAGGUCAUUGACAAAUGCGGGGGCAGGUACCACGUGUUUAACAAUAAGGAAAACUACGGUAAUGCGACGCAGGUUCAAGAACUCAUGUUGAAGGUCGACAAGAUGGUGAAGGAGAGCAAAACAGAGUUAUACACUAACGCUAUGUUUAAAGCGGCAGAGGCGAUAAGGGAAGCGCAGAAAAGGAAGCGCAUAGCAGUUGCCGCCGCUGUAGGCCUGGGACUCGGGGUCGCCCUUGGCGUCACUGUCCCCUUUACAGUUGGGGUGGGUGCCGUUGGCAUCGCUGUCGGGGCAGCUGCUGGGGGAUUUGUCGGCGGUGGAAUAGGAGGCUUUGCUGGCUACAAAGCAAAGAGUGUGAACGAGGGAGUUUUGAAUACUCUUGUGCAGGUUGGUAGUGUCGUAGAUGUUGCUCUCGCGGUUGCAUCUGCAGCCGGACAUAUUGUUGCAGAUGCAAUGCGUGGGAUUUUGAAGGUUGGAAAAGCGUUAUUACACCUCAUAAGAAGACACAAAAAAACUCCUCUUAAGAGGUGUAACACAAACUAUUACAGAAUAGCUUUGCCAUCACGGAGUGCAGAACGGCACGAGCCAGUUGACAUGAUGGGCAUCGCAGAACUUGAAGAAAUCAGGCUGGUUCUGGUUGGGAACACAGGAUCUGGCAAGAGCUCAUCAGGGAACACCGUUUUUGGCGAAGUAGAGUUCGAGGCAAAGUUGAGUGCCAGCUCAGUGACCCGGAAAUGCCAGUCUGGGAGCAUUGAUCGUGCUUUUGAUGAUGACCAGAAGAGAAUGAGGAAGAUUACGGUGGUUGACAUGCCAGGCUUUGGGGACACUCACCUCAGUGAGGAGGAGAUUUAUACAGAAAUGGCCAAGUGUCUGUACUAUACCUCUCCUGGGCUCCAUGCUUUUCUCUUGGUGGUGCCCAUUGGACGUUACACAGAUCACGAGGCCCAGGCUGUCAACCAUCUGGCCAACAUAUUUGGAGAUGACGCUGUCAAAUACCACACAAUAGUUCUCUUUACCAAGGGAGAUGAUCUUCAAGGCUUGGAGUUUGAUGAAUACCUGAAAGAGAGUCCUGAUUGUCUUAGAGAGCUCAUUGACAAAUGCGGGGGCAGGUACCACGUGUUUAACAAUAAGGAAAACUACGGUAAUGCGACGCAGGUUCAAGAACUCAUGUUGAAGGUCGACAAGAUGGUGAAGGAGAGCAAAACAGAGUUUUACACGAACGCUAUGUUUAAAGAGGCAGAGGCAGCGAUAAGGGAAGAGCAGAAAAGGAACCAGGAAAUGGAAUUGGAGACUAACAAUGAAGAAAGUCAGCCUGCUCCUCAAAGCAUCAGGAAGCUGAGGCAAGAUCAGAAACCCGAGGGUAAAUUGACUCGCGCCUUGAGGAAAAUCCUGCGAAAGGUUGCUCCCUCUCCAAAGUUGAUGGUUAUAUUGAAGCGCAUAGUGGCUGCCGGCGCUGUAGGCCUGGCAGUCGGGGUCGCCUUUGGCGUCGCUGUCCCCUUGAUAGCUGGCUUCUCGGCAUGUGUUGUGGGGGGUGCCGUUGGCCUCGCUGCUGCUGAGCUUACCGGAGCGUGUGCCGCCGGAGCUGUGAGCGGCAUAGUUGCCGCAGCCUCGGGAAAUACCGCUUUGGCUAUCGGGGCAGCUGCUGGGGGACUUGUCGGCGGUGGAAUGGGAAUCAUUGCUGGCUACGAAGCAGAGAGUGUGAAAGAGGGAGUUGUGGAUACUCUUGUGCAGGUUGGUCGUGUCGGAGGUGUUGCUCUCGCGGCUUCCGCAGGUUUGGGGGCUUCCUUGGGCACAGGGGCGGCUCUGAGUGCUGGGACUGGUGCUGCUGCAGCCGGAAAUACUGUUGCAGAUGCAGUGGUUGGGAUUACGAAGGUUGCAGGAGUGUUAUCUCCCGCUGUGAAAGCGGUUGUAGAUAAAACCAAAGACUCAAAAAAGUCAUGCACCCAAUAUAAAAAGAGGAGAUGACGGUAGGGCAGGUCAGAAUUGGUGGAGGUGUGUGAACUGGGCCCUCUACCUAAUUCUCCUCGCGAGCAAAAGAAUACUGGUUGUCUUCUCCUCUUUUUAUAUUGGGUUGCCCUGGUUACAAGAGGCGUUGCUACACUAAAGGGAGGGGAGAGUGUGAAUGUAGCAACGCUGUUCAACUAGCUAAUAAUGUUGUGUGCCGCAUGGCCUUGGCCGAUCCGUGACCCCAGGAAUGCAGAGUCUGUUCUUAAGAUGGUUGGCAACCUCGUCUAUGACGUACUAGCAAAAAAGGGAGACCAACAACACUAUUCCCACUGAAAAUGAACGGGAGGCUCUCAAGUUUAUUGUAAAAAAAUGCAUUUUGAAUAUGAUUUGUACACAUAGCAGGGAUUGAAACUAGCGACCAUUCUCAUUUUCAAACAAUGCAGGAUGCUCAAGGACAUUGAUGCACCACCUAUUUGCGACUAAUCUUAACCUGUAAAGUUCUUAAGGCUUACUUUGAGGAAGUGUUUCCCGUUUCCUCACCUCUGUUACCAGGUGUUUGUGAGUUAAAACUCUGCUCUGAUUUUCAGAUACCCCUCACCGUGUUGCUGUUUUGAUUACUUUAUUUGGAUGUAUGCUUUCACCGAUUCUUCAAGAAUUCAAGAAUAUUUGGUCAGAAUGUUUGCCGUUUGAUGUGAAGAUAAACAUCUUUCAUUAAUCUGACCUGCAGGCACUGAAGUGAUGGAGACUGUUAUUCAUAAUAACAGUGUCGUAUUUUAUGAGAAUCACUGAUAGCAGUUUUUUUGUGAAUUUUUUUUUUUUUUUUUUAAUGCUGUUAAUAAAUGUGUUUGUUUUCAAAAAA